AUGUACAGGCAAAUUCUUGUUGAUCCGCGAGAUAGAGACUAUCAGCGUAUAUUGUGGAUCGACGGUAACGCGAACAUUAAAGAAUAUCAGUUACUUACAGUUACUUACGGUACCGCUUCAGCUCCGUUCCUUGCACUUCGAGUGAUAAAUCAAUUGAAUGAAGACGAAGGUCUUUCUUUUCCGUUAGCCUCCACCAUUUUACGCGACAACAUCUACAUUGACGACGUUCUAUUCGGCGCAGACGAUCUCUCGCAGCUAAAACAAAUUUGUAAUCAACUUCGCGAAUUAUUAAACCGCGGCGGUUUCACUCUUCGAAAGUGGGCGAAUUCCACAGUAGUUCUUGCUUGGUUGAAAAAACACUCAUCAACUUGGAAAACAUUCGUUUCUCAUCGGGUGUCAGAAAUCCAAACACAAUUACCCGACGGUGCAUGGCAUCACGUAAGCACAACCGAUAAUCCCGCCGAUUGCGCUUCGCGCGGAUUACUCGGUUCCGAGUUACAUUCCUUUCAACUUUGGUGGCAUGGGCCCUCUUGGUUAAGUCUUCCCGCAAACGACUGGCCUAAGUCAAUCAAAGCAACCUCAGAUGAAACUCAAUUAGAAUUCAAAGCUUGCGAAAUUCAUCAAGUCAACACUCCUGAGUUGUGGGAUUUAGCUUCCCGCUAUUCCUGGUGGCCGAAGUUAGUGCGCGUCACUGCAUAUGUUUACCGGUUCAUAGAUAAUUGCAAAACAAAGCGACAAGGAAAGCAUGACAAUCUUCUCAACUCUCACGCUCUCACAGCACCCGAAUUCAACCGAGCUCGGAAUUUUUGGAUACAAACAGCUCAAGCUGCCGUGUUCGAGAGCGAACUUCACAAAUUGAAACUUAAUCAAGCCGUAUCUGUAAAAUCUUGCAUAUAUUCAUUAACUCCAUUUCUUGACUUUACCGGUUUGAUUCGAAUCGGGGGGCGACUUGAACAUUCUCAAUUAUCAUUCGAAUCCAAACAUCCACUCUUGUUAGCAGAUCAUCCCAUUUCUACUAUAAUCAUUUCAUAUACUCAUAUUGUUUCCCUUCACACCGGUGUUCAAGCUACACUCGCAAAAAUUCGACAACAGUAUUGGAUUCUCAAAGCUCGAAGUUUAGUCAAAUCAAUUAUCUACAAGUGCGUUAAAUGCACACGGGAAAAGGCUCAAGUAGCCAAUCAAAUGAUGGGUCAACUUCCUAAUAGUCGCGUAUCCGCACCAGCUCGAGCAUUCUCGCACAGCGGUGUCGAUUACGCUGGUCCCGUAUUCACGCGCGCAUCAGCUGGUCGAGGAAUCACCUCUCGAAAAUCGUACAUAGCAGUUUUUAUUUGUUUAGCGACUCGUGCAAUUAAUUUAGAGCUAGUCAGCGAUUAUUCUACCUCCACCUUUUUGAAUGCGUUUCAACGAUUCUGCGCAAGGCGUGGACUACCCGAAGUCAUGUAUUCGGACAAUGGCACCACCUUCACAGGAGCCGAUCGAGAAUUGGCACAAGCUUUUCGAGAUGCUCAAUGCAAUCCCAAUUUUCUUAAUCUCACCGCUUCAGAUAGCAUAACGUGGAAAUUCAUUCCCCCUCACGCGCCCCACUUCGGCGGACUGUGGGAAGCCGGUGUUAAAAGCGUCAAGUAUCAUCUUCGUCGCGUGUUAGGGUCACAUACUUUAACUUUCGAGGAAUUUACAACUUUACUAUGUCGAAUUGAAGCCUGUUUAAAUUCCAGGCCUCUUUCUCCACUCACUGAUUCAUUAGAAGAUUAUGAAAUUCUCACGCCAGGUCAUUUUCUCAUCGGCUCAGCGAUCACUACAAAUCCCGAACCUUCCAUUCUGCACCUUAACAAGAAUAGAUUGUCGCGAUGGCAACUGUUACGGCAAAUUAUGGAACGCUUUUGGAAGUUGUGGCAAACCGAUUACAUUAACACCCUUCAACAAAAAACAAAGUGGCGUAAAGAAAAACCGUCAAUUCAGAUUGGUUCAUUGGUCUUAAUUCAGAAUCCGUUACUCCCUCCGUGCAAAUGGGAAUUAGGACGUGUCAUUCAAUGUCAUCCAGGCUCUGACGGAUUAACUCGAGUCGUUUCAAUUAAAACGACGGACGAGAACGAGUAUACCGUCGCGUUGGAGAACGAUUUGCAGACUGUACUGUAA